AUGAAGCACCUGCAGAAACUCCUGCUCUCCCUCCUGCUGGUGACAUGCCCCCCGGCUAAAGCCAAUUAUUCCUGGAAUCGGAUGGAGGGAGGAGGUGAAGCCAAGACCCGCUCCGUACCCUACAUGGCCUAUCUGCAAGGAAAGAACAACCGUUUCUGCGGAGGCUUCCUAGUGGCCCCGAACUGGGUGAUGACAGCGGCUCAAUGCUUCGUACACAAACCUCUGACUGUCAUCCUUGGAGCCCACACAAUCCAGAGGAGAGAGGAAAGCUGGCAAACAUUCGAAGUCCAAGAGUAUCACUGCCACCCAGACUUCACGAGUCCUAAGAAGGGAAAUGACAUCCUCCUGCUGAAGCUGAAAGGCAAUGCCACCAGCAACAGCUACGUUAGGACCAUUUCCUUUGAAAAGUCAAAAGUCCCUGGUGGGACUGCAUGCAGCAUAGCUGGCUGGGGCUACAAAACACCCGCUACCAUGUUACGCGAAGCCACCGUCACCAUCAUCAAACAAAGGGACUGCCUCAGCCACUACCCUGGACUUGCUGACAACUUGAUUUGUGGCCGCAGUGGAUCUGCUGGGUUACCUGAAAAGGGUGACGCUGGGGAUCCACUCGUCUGCAACAACAAAGCCUACGGCAUCUUCUCCUAUAGGCAUAACAAUUGGCCCGGUUUCUACACACACAUUGCUCCUUACCUUCCCUGGGUCAACAGUGUCAUGAAGUCAGCAUAACCCUACUCUCCCCUCAGCUGCUACCCUGGAAAACUCACGCUCAGGGCCCCAUGCUCACCCGCUUUUUCUUCCU